CGCCCUGCGGAUGAACUCGCACGACCGCCGCGGCUUCCUUCCUGUGCGCGGCGCGCCGCGUUGAAGUUGAGGUCCGCCAAGGAUAAUCGGAGCCAUGUCCGCAGCCCAGGAGCUUCUGAACAGCGUCUUCUCAUCAUGCUCCUCUCCCACGUCCAAAGCCUUCACCAAACGCAGACUCCGUCAGACGCGGAGUCUGGACCCCGCCAUCAUCCGACACUGCGGCACCGCUGCCGCCGCCGCGCAGCCGCCGCACGACGCGGGCGCGUCUUGGAAAGCUGCCGCGCGCGUUAAGACUUUGACGCUGCAGGAGUCCAUGGCGGCGUCCGUCUCAUCUCCUUCCAUCCCUCUGGACCUGUCCCCUUCUUCCAACUUUCACUUUCACUACGACCUAGUCAAGCGCUCCAAGCGGAACAAUGCCGCCGACUUGCCGCUGCUGGUGCGGGGCACCGGGUUGGCUCCGUCCGGGAGCACCGGCACGCUCUUCUCACCCCGGAGGUGGCUUCUCAGGCGGACUCAGGCUCCGAUCUCUCACGCCGACGUCGUGUGGAAGUCAGAGGGUGACUUCACCUGGAACAGCUUGUCCGGCCAGAGUGUACGCUUGAAUCCGGUUGCCAUUCAGAGCCUAUCGGAACUGGAGAGAGCCCGACUCCAGGAAGUGGCCUACGCCCGUUUGCAUCAGGACUAUGACGUUGGAUGUCAGAUAACUUUGCCAAAAGAUGGACAGAAGAGGAAAAAGUCGCUGAGGAGAAAGCUGGAUUCUUUAUCAAAAGAGAAGAGUAAAGACAAAGAAGGCGUCCCUCAAGCCUUCAGUAUACCCCUCUCGCAGGUCAUCGCCAACGACAGGACGCACAGGCAGCGCCAGGACGGCUUCCGCCAGGAUCCGCCACAGCGAGAGGAGCACAAGGACUCGUCCGACCUCGUCUCCUCCAUUCUGCAGUUCGCCACGAAGCGGCCGUCUAAUAAGGAGCUCUCCAGCAGCAACUCCUCAUUGAGCUCCACAUCGGAGACAGCCAAUGAGUCCACGUCGCCCAACACACCUGAGGCUGCACCGCGAGUGCACAGACGGGGUGGGAUGUCAGUGGAUUCAAUCACUGACCUGGACGACAACCAGUCUCGCCUGCUGGAGGCGCUGCAGCUCUCCCUGCCUGCCGAGACACCAAAUAAGAAGGAGAAACAAAGGGACAAACGCUUGAGCCUCAACCCGAUAUACCGGCAGGUGCCCCGUGUGGUCGACAGUUGCUGCCAACACAUUGAGAAAUACGGUUUGCAGACUGUCGGAAUUUUCAGAGUUGGAAGCUCCAAGAAGAGAGUUCGGCAGUUACGUGAGGAGUUCGACCGCGGCUUUGAUGUCCAAUUAGACGAGGAGCACAGCGUUCAUGACGUGGCCGCCUUGCUGAAAGAGUUCCUCAGGGACAUGCCCGACCCGCUCCUCACCAAAGAGCUCUACACCGCCUUCAUAAACACAACACUGUUGGAUCCAGAGGAGCAGCACAACGUCACCCAGCUUCUGGUCUACCUGCUCCCAGCAUGCAACAGUGAUACUCUCCAUCGUCUCCUGGAGUUCCUGUCCACUGUGGCUGACCACGCCCACGACCGACUGGACAAGGAUGGACAAGAGAUCACAGGGAACAAGAUGACCUCCUUGAACCUCGCCACCAUCUUUGGUCCCAACCUCCUCCAUAAACUCAAAUCCUCCGACAAGGAGUUCAGCGUCCAAAGCUCUGCCAGAGCCGAGGAAAGCACGGCCGUCAUCGCCGCGCUCCAGAGGAUGAUCGCCAGCUACCAGACACUCUUCAUGGUUCCGGCUGACUUGCAAAAUGAGGUGUUGAUGAGUCUCCUGGAGACGGAUCCCGACGUGGUGGACUACCUCCUGAGGCGAAAAGCAUCCCAGAGUCCUGAUCUACACCAGUCCGAGGAUCCCUUCACUCUGAGCGAGCAGCACUCCUCCAGCGAUUCCAACAAAGUGUCUAGCGGGGAGGUGUCCCCCUAUGACAACAACUCCCCCAUCCUGAGCGAACGAAGAGGGGAGGCAGGAAAGCCGGGAGGCGCCCUGACGGGUUGGGGUAGGGAGUCUGGAGGCGACAGCUGGGCGGCACCAGACAGUAUAUCGGAGGAGCAUGCUAACAUUUGGGGAACAUGGCACACGACUCUGAAACCAACACUCCAAGACCAAACAAACACAGGAUCCCAUGGCAACGUGUCAGAAGGAAGCUCCCGCAGCUCACAGGAUGGACUUGACGGCGACGGCAGACACCCGCCAAUGGCACAAACCACCAGAACAGCGCCUUGCGUUGCCGACUGCAGGCCCCACCCGCCGGUGACACGCAUGUGCAGGAGCCCUCAUGUGAACCCAAGGCGGCCGCACCGGGAGUUUGCCGCCAACCCUGCAUCGGCAACGUCGCACGUGAGCCAAACGGAGCUGGUCCAGUACGGUCAUGGGGCAAAAGUCAGGGCGAACGCUAACGAGAUGGGCUCGGCCCUCCGUUGCCCUCCCCCUUAUAACGCUCAUCACCGACUGGCCGCUUGUCAGAGUUCACCCCAGCUGGCGGCGCCUCAGCAGCAACCUCCGCAAUACAGAAAGCCGAGCGCGGAGCAGAAAAACUCGGAGGGGACGAUGAUGCCGCACAGCCCCGAGUGGCAGGACUGGCAGAGGGACCGCUGGCAAAUCUGGCAGCUGCUAUCUUCAGACAACGCGGACACCUUGCCCGAAACGCUGGUGUGACAUCAUGUCCUGCUUCCUGCCAGAUUCGAUCCACGCGUGACAAUCAUACAGCAGGGCCAAAAAGUAUUUAGUCAGCCACUGAUUGUGCAAGUUCUCCCACUUAAAAUGAUGACAGAGGUCUGUCAUUUUCAUCAUAGGUACACUUCAGAAUGUGAAAGAAAAAUCCAGGAAUUCACAUUGUAGGAAUUUGUAAAUGAUGGUGGAAAAUAAGUAUUUGGUCAACCAUUCAAAGCUCUCACUGAUGGAAGGAGGUUUUGGCUCAAAAUCUCACGAUACAUGGCCCCAUUCAUUCUUUCCUUAACACGGAUCAAUCGUCCUGUCCCCUUAGCAGAAAAACAGCCCCAAAGCAUGAUGUUUCCACCCCCAUGCUUCACAGUAGGUAUGGUGUUCUUGGGAUGCAACUCAGUAUUCUUCUUCCUCCAAACAUGACAAGUUGAGUUUAUACCAAAAUGGAAAUAUUCUAUAUUCUCAAUGAAAUAUCAAAGUUUUAGUGUUACUUGCUGAUGGGUAUUUGCUGGCAUCGUUUAAUGAACAUGCGUCAACUUGCAGUCUACUCAUAUGUAUCUCUAAUGUUUGACUGCCAUCUACCGAUCACACUUAUUACACCAUGUUCCAAAUAAAAUUGCUUCGAGGUCGGUCAGCACAACCAAAAUAAAUAUGUACAUUAGGGUUUUAUGUGCAACUUAUAGUCCGAAAAUUACGGUAGCAUACAUUGCGGUCAGGUUUGGCCAAUUUUUGGUGAGCCGAGUGAUGUCCCAAUCUGAUAUUGACAUCCAAUAUUAGAAAAAACAUGUUUUCAUUAUAUUGACUUGCAUUUAAAAUCUCCGAUACAAGCAGUUCUACAGCGUGUUUACUCGUGCAAACAUCCAAAUGUCCUCCAAUAAGCACAAGUUGGUAUUUUCUUGCAUUCUACGGAAUUACAAAAAGGUAAACAUGACGAGUUAAGAUUAUACCAAAAUGGAAAUAUUCUAUAUUCUCAAUGAAAUAUCAAAGUUUUUAGUGUUGCUUGCUGAUGGGUAUUUGCUGGCAUCGUUUAAUGAACAUGCGUCAACUUGCAGUCUACUCAUAUGUAUCUCUAAUGUUUGACUGCCAUCUACCGAUCACACUUAUCAUUACACCAUGUUCCAAAUAAAAUUGCUUCGAGGUCGGUCAGCACAACCAAAAUAAAUAUGUACAUUAGGGUUUUAUGUGCAACUUAUAGUCCGAAAAUUACGGUAGCAUAGAUUGCGGUCAGGUUUGGCCAAUUUUUGUUGCGCUGAGUGAUGUCCCAAUCUGACAUUGACAUCCAAUAUUAGAAAAAACAUGUUUUUACUAUAUUGACUUGCAUUCUACUCAUAUGUAGCUGUAAUGUUUGACUGCCAUCUACCGAUCACACUUAUUACACCAUAUUCCAAAUAAAAUUGCUUCGAGGUCGGUCAGCACAACCAAAAUAAAUAUGUACAUUAGGGUUUUAUGUGCAACUUAUCGUCCUAAAAUUACGGUAGCAUAGAUUGCGGUCAGGUUUGGCCAAUUUUUGUUGAGCUGAGUGAUGUCCCAAUCUGAUAUUGACAUCCAAUAUUACAAAAAACAUGUUUUUAUUAUAUUGACUUGCAUUUAAAAUCUCCGAUACAAGCAGUUCUACAGCGUGUUUACUCGUGCAAACAUCCAAAUGUCCUCCAAUAAGCACAAGUUGGUAUUUUCUUGCAUUUUACGGAAGUCAAUUACAAAAAGGUAAACAUGACGAGUUGAGUUUAUACCAAAAUGGAAAUAUUCUAUAUUCUCAAUGAAAUAUCAAAGUUUUUAGUGUUGCUUGCUGAUGGGUAUUUGCUGGCAUCGUUUAAUGAACAUGCGUCAACUUGCAGUCUACUCAUACGUAGCUGUAAUGUUUGACUGCCAUCUACCGAUCACACUUAUCAUUACACCGUGUUCCAAAUAAAAUUGCUUCGAGGUCGGUCAGCACAACCAAAAUAAAUAUGUACAUUAGGGUUUUAUGUGCAACUUAUAGUCCGAAAAUUACGGUAGCAUAGAUUGCGGUCAGGUAUGGCCAAUUUUUGGUGAGCUGAGUGAUGUCCCAAUCUGAUAUUGACAUCCAAUAUUAGAAAAAACAUGUUUUUAUUAUAUUGACUUGCCUUUAAAAUCUCAGAUACAAGCAGUUCUAGAGCGUGUUUACUCGUGCAAACAUCCAAAUGUCCUCCGAUAAGCACAAGUUGGUAUUUUCUUGCAUUUUACGGAAGUCAAUUACAAAAAGGUAAACAUGACGAGUUGAGUUUAUACCAAAAUGGAUACAUGGAUGAUACAGCAGAGGAUUGGGAGAAUUUCAUGUGGUCGGAUGAAACCAAAAUAGAACUUUUUGGUAUAAACAACUCGUCGUGUUUGGAGGAAGAAGAAU